CACAAAUUUGUUUGGGCGCAAAAGUUCGGCUGUAUUAAAAUUGUCUCUAUUCUCAAAAAGUGCUGUUUAAACUAUCUCAUAGUGUUUGGUUAGGCCAACGCACACCAUUAUUGUAACACUAAAUCUACAUCGUACGAUAAAACGAUAUUUUCUACCGGCCGCACUUGCUUUCUUGUUGCGUUGUAGCGCAGCAAACAUUUCAAGCAAGCAGCAUUAGCUAGCAGCAGGCUUCUAUCAUCCGCUAUCGCAAUAUUCACACAUUCUUAAGUACCCCAGAAAUAAGUUGCAACUGGAACCACAGAUUCCCGCCUUUCCAGCGAGCAGAACUGCUGAUAGAUUUUGCUCACUUUAGUUCGCCAUUGACGCCAUCUUUGCACAGGCAAUGAGCAACAAAAAGCUGAAACCCGAAGAACCGGUUGAAGAAGCAAAUGAAUUUUCAGUCGAAAAAAUUUUGGACAGCAGAGUCGUGAAUGGAAAGGUAGAGUAUUUUCUUAAGUGGAAAGGUUAUUCAUCGGAAGAGAACACCUGGGAACCGGAAGAAAAUCUUGACUGCGACGAUCUAAUUCAAGCAUUUAAAGAAUCCAAAAAGAAGAAAGAGGGUACGUUAAUUGCAGUAGUAAAAAAAAUCCUUUUGUUUAAACUUUCGGUUAUAUCCUCACUAUCGCCAGCGAAAGAAGAAAGUUCUGGAAGGAAGAGCAAACUAAAGGAACCAUCGGAUGAAUCGAAGGUAGCUCCAGCUAAACGGAAAUCUACGGGAGACAAGAAGAUGGGAUUUGAACGGGGUUUGGUCCCGGAAGAAAUCAUUGGUGCAACUGAUGACCAUGGAAAGCUGAUGUUUUUAAUGAAAUGGAAGAAUGCAGCGAACGCCGACUUAGUACCCGCUGAACAAGCAAAUGUUAAAUGCCCGCAAAUUGUGAUUAAAUUUUAUGAAUCCAGACUAACAUGGCAGUCGGCUGAAUCAAGAGCGGAGGCGCGAGUGGAUUAGGAAGUACAAUUGUUUAUAAUUUUAUGUGUCUCAUAACCUAUUACUUUCUGCUUUGUUUACUGUUUCAUCAGUUAUACUUUUACAUGGGACUUCAGAAUCAAUAUCAUUAGCCAACCAUUUUUAAUAUACAAUCCGCAAAAAAUUCAAACUUGGUACUAUAUUUUGAAAAUAUUCACGUAUUCUUGGACAUCUCUAACAUCAUAACAACAAUUUCAUGAUUAAUGGGAUAGCUAAAACUAUUUUCCCAUCUAAGUAAACGAAAUACGAAAAUGGAUGUAAUUAGUGUAAAAUAAAGAUUUUGUCUU